UGUCUUUAUCUUUCCAGGGGAUUUCGACAAGCUUGCUAGAUAUGGAGAACCUGGUUAUCUACUACCAGCGCGAUACAAGCCUCAUGCCGAUGCAGUCAGAGCCAUGUCGGUCCGCGCUGAUGAUGUGUGGCUCCUUACCUUUCCACGCUCAGGUACACACAUGACUGCUGAAAUGCUAUGGCUGUUACAAAACAAUAUGGAUUAUAAAAGAGCUUCGGAUAUAUCGUUGUCGGAACGCAAUACUUUCCUCGAGAUAUUCUCUCUCCACGGCGCUUGCGCUCCCAUUGGCUACCAGCUCCUGGUCACCCGUCCCUCCCCACGCCUCAUCAGCACCCACCUGGCCCUCAGUCUCCUCCCCCCAACACUCCUCGACACCACCAAGGUGGUCUUCGUGGCAAGAGAUCCCCGUGAUGUCGCCGUUUCCUACUUCAACUUCUACAAGAGUCUAAAGAAUUAUGGACGAUUUGAAGAGUUUAAACAGUUUUGGGAACUCUUUGUUGAUGAUCUCAGUAAGGUUUUUGGUAUUUCAUUAUUACUGCCUUGUAAUGUAAUUUGUUUUAUUUAA